UGCAUGUCAGGUCGCUCCACUGUGUCGAGUCUGUAGCCGUUGCUGCUUCUAACCGCCUGGCUUUACUUUAAAUAUUAUAACCUAACGACAUUUAAUAUAUGUGCGAAAACGACCUGUCUUGCAGUCGAUUAAAGAGAUAACAUGGUCUGAUUUGAACACAACAACUGUGGAAGAUUUCGUCAAUUGAAAGGUUUUUACCCAAGUAGGAGCCGAGAAGUGUUGCCGAGGACAACGGAGCUAUGCUGCGCAUCUGAAGAUCUUGUUCAUAUGGACUCCUAUCCUGUGCUGACCCAAUGGUUUAAUCACCAGGACUAAAAAUGAGCAUAAGCAGUGAUGAGGUCAAUUUCCUGGUUUACAGAUACCUGCAAGAGUCAGGCUUCUCCCACUCAGCAUUCACCUUUGGCAUAGAGAGCCACAUCAGCCAGUCCAACAUCAAUGGAGCCCUGGUUCCCCCUGCUGCCCUCAUCUCCAUCAUCCAGAAGGGCCUGCAGUAUGUGGAGGCUGAAGUCAGCAUCAAUGAGGACGGGACCUUAUUUGACGGACGGCCCAUCGAGUCGCUGUCUUUGAUCGAUGCUGUGAUGCCAGAUGUUGUCCAGACCAGGCAGCAGGCCUACAGGGACAAGCUGGCCCAACAGCAGCAGGCGGCGGCAGGCAGUGGCAGCAGCACAGGGCCCCAGGGAAGCACCAAGAACGGAGAGGGCGCUGCCAACGGGGAGGAAAACGGAUCCCACACCUUAGCCAAUCACCACUCAGAGAUGAUGGAGGUGGACAGGGACGUGGAGAUCCCUCAGAGUAAAGCCAUGGUCCUGAGGGGACACGAAUCCGAAGUGUUUAUCUGUGCCUGGAACCCAGUGAACGACCUCCUCGCCUCCGGGUCUGGGGACUCAACAGCACGGAUCUGGAACCUGAGUGAGAACAGCACAGGCGGAUCAACCCAGCUGGUUCUGAGGCACUGCAUACGGGAAGGCGGCCAGGACGUGCCCAGCAACAAAGACGUCACCUCACUAGACUGGAAUAGUGAGGGAACCUUGCUAGCAACAGGCUCAUAUGAUGGAUUUGCUAGAAUAUGGACAAAAGACGGUAACCUGGCCAGUACUUUGGGUCAGCAUAAAGGUCCUAUAUUUGCACUGAAGUGGAAUAAGAAAGGAAACUUCAUCCUCAGUGCUGGUGUAGACAAGACCACAAUUAUUUGGGAUGCCCACACGGGAGAGGCAAAGCAACAAUUUCCUUUCCACUCGGCACCUGCUCUGGACGUAGACUGGCAGAGCAACAACACGUUUGCCUCCUGCAGCACAGAUAUGUGCAUCCAUGUGUGUAAGCUGGGUCAGGACAGACCUGUCAAGACCUUCCAGGGACACACGAAUGAGGUGAACGCCAUCAAGUGGGAUCCCACCGGCAGCUUGCUGGCCUCCUGCUCAGAUGACAUGACAUUGAAGAUCUGGAGUAUGAAGCAGGACUUGUGUGUCCAUGACCUCCAGGCCCACAGUAAAGAAAUCUACACCAUCAAGUGGAGCCCCACAGGCCCCGGGACCAACAACCCUAACGCCAACCUCAUGCUGGCCAGCGCAUCAUUUGAUUCUACAGUGCGUCUGUGGGACGUGGAGCGCGGCGUGUGUAUCCACACAUUGACCCGCCACCAGGAGCCCGUCUACAGCGUGGCCUUCAGCCCUGAUGGCAGGCACCUCGCCAGCGGCUCCUUCGACAAGUGUGUCCACAUCUGGAACACUCAGACGGGUGCUUUAGUCCACAGCUACCGGGGGACAGGAGGGAUCUUUGAGGUGUGCUGGAACGCUACAGGAGACAAAGUAGGAGCUAGCGCGUCAGAUGGAUCGGUUUGUGUAUUAGACCUGAGAAAAUGACCCUCAUGUGGGGGAGCCAUGGACCGACUACGAAUGUGUACAUAGCCAAAAUGACUGACUGUCCCUGCCUGUCCUGCUGUAGUCCCAUCAGAUGCCAUGGCCCGCCGUUACAGUCAAAUGGAGCCCCCACCCUCCCAAAAUGUACACGAAAGGACCAUAUCUUCACCACACGCAGUUCUUACGCAUGUGUCAGACUUACAACAGGUCUGUAUGGACGUGUUGCUCACAGAUCUGCAGGAAGAAACAUUUCUGUUUUCAUACAGUAUAAACUUGUUGGACCCAUCACAUGCAAACCAAAACACCAGGAUUCUUCUUGCUUUCCUCUUUUUAUCCUAUGUACCAGAAUUAUGAAGAUUUUUGUUUUCUGUUGGUGUGUGCAUAUUGCAUAUGUCAGCAUUUGGUGUCCUGUGGACAUUGUUUGAAUUUGGAUUUCACUGAUCUCUGUAGGUUUUAUAUUACAUGUUGGGUGGGAGAGAAGAGAGAGGGGGCAGGGGGUGUUUGUCUUUUACAGUGGCUGUUCAUUGGGAGAUCUGUUCAUCCACUUCUUGGCACUCAAGGUUCACAAAUGCAGAUGCAUAGCUUAGAAGAUUAAAUCAUUUAGGUAUUUGUCAGCUCAUUUUAUCCAAUAGGUUUGUUACAUUUAAAAAAAAAAACAAAGUAUAAAACAGUUAAUCAAAGGCUGAACUGUCCUUUGGUUUUGCAACUCUUAUCCUCAAAAAUAGUUUUCAGGGGUUCCCAAUUCAUCAGGUUAAUAAUAUAGAGCUCUGAAAAUUCAAAACCUCUAGGUUGAAAGAUAAUCUUUGUAGCUGGUAAACAACAAGCGGAUCUCAUGUUCUAACAGCGCACUGGGCAGAAAGGCAUCGACACUGAUCGGCUUCAGGUUUCCGUCACCGAGCUCGCUCUAUCUGUGUCUCAAGCUUACGAAUAGACGGUUGUGCUUUAGUGUCAGUUGUGAGGUAACGUUGGCACUGGAAUAACUUGUUUUAUAGUGUCAAUGCAGCUUCUGGGAUCUGUAGGGGAAAGAGAGAGAGAGAUAGGAAAACGGGCCCAAAACUGCAAUUACCAGUCAUAUUGUGCUUGGUUCCUCAAUUAAUGGCUUGUUUCUAACCAUUGCUUAAUGAUAAUCAGACUAAGUGUUCACCUGCUUAUUGUGUCCUCCUUCCCCUGCUUGCUCAUUAAACAGCAGGACAUCUGGAGUAUCACUUCCACUGCAGGCGCAGGGUCUUUGAUUGCACCUUUUUAAUCAUGGCUCAAUAUUAGCAUCACGUCAAAGCCGAAAUGGCUAAUUGACGAUAUUGGAGUUCAUAUCACAGUUUGGCAGGUUUGGCAGUCUGUUUAAAAACCUCCAGACUUUCACUAACGUGUGUGGCUUUCAUCUCCAGUGGUGACCGAAGUACACACGACAGUCGCUGCUUUGGAUUGCUGUUGUCAGGCAGUCGUUGCCGAGCAUUAACACACACACACACACACACACACACACACACACACACACACACACACACACACACACACACACUCUGGAGACGGGCUGUGUUCAGGCCUAUGCACGGAUUGAUGGCGCUUUUGUUUGUAGUGUUCAGAGUUGCCAUUUUGAGGAAAGUCUGUGCUUCUUGUAAUAAAGCAGUCUUGCAGCAUAUGACUUGAUGUAACUUGGUAUCUGCAUAUAAUAUAUAGAUAUAGAUAUAUCUAUAUAGAUAUAUAUAUCUGUGCUAUCACAGGAGAUUCUUUUGUAUGCCACUCAUACGCUACGGGUGGAUUUUAAAGUUACUUUUUUAAGAUGCUUGAAAUACAGCGUGUGAUGUUCUUCUGCAUCACCAGGGUUGUGAGCAUGAGCAAUGGGUUUUUAUAAAAUACCAUUAAACAGUCAUAGCAAAAUAAAAAGGGCAGUCCUUUUGAAGGGUGUUUUUUUGUCCUUCUCCUGCACUUUAGACUAAAAAUGGAGAAACUGGGAUGUGUGUUUAUUCCAGCCACUGUAGACACAUCACAAUGUUUAAAAUGCUCUUAAUGAUGAAUCUGAAUUGAUGCAGAAAGUGCAGCAUUCUAGUGGUUUAGAUAAGGAUGAAAAGCGUCUUGUCUGACUCCUCGGGGUGCGUCAAAGUCGAACCAAGCCAACUUCAUGGCAUUCCAGGUCUCAUCUCAUAGCCAUAACUUAACAGCUUCACACACACACACACACACACACACACACACACGUUGUUGUCGGACCAUUUCAGAGGUUUUGUUCAGAAUGUCUCUUGUUUUAAAAAAUUUUGUACUGAAGCUAAAAACUAUUUUGAAGUUUGCUUUAAUACAGUCAGCAGUGAUUGGACUGUACCACAAAGACACUAUUUCAAAUGAUGUCUAUGACAGUGGAAUGGUAUUUUAUAAUGUCUUGUUUUUAGAUGAUAAGCUUUUUACACUGCAUUCAAGUGUUGGCUAUUUUUUUCUCCUACCAAAAGUACUAACGUUGAUUCUAUCUUUGCUAUGUUGGCGAGCCCUUGAAGGUUUUGUACUUCUCAAAACUUUUGUAAUUCUGAUUUAUUUCUAGCUACAUACACAAAAUGAACAAAAAAUACAAAAUCUGGAUUUAAUUGUUGAUGUAUUAUAACACGGAACAUGUAAAUAACAAUUUGCAGAUACAUGUUUUUUUGUUGUGUUGUCUUUGCCCUCACCUAUGUUGUACUCUCUUUUCUCUCUCACUCACAUGGUUGCAGUCCGCAGCCUCCUGAUCUGACUGUUGUAAUAUUACACAGAUUUCAAGGUCUAGAAUAAAAUCUAUUUUGAUAAUA